AUGAUCGAGGGCUACGAGCAUGAGCUCAACGCUGGCAAGAAGGCAGUGGAGGAUGCUCGGGCACAGCUGGAGUCCUGGUUUUCCCGAAAGCUUGAGGAUGCCGACAUUGUGGGUGAGGAGAGAGCCGUGUACGACACGGUCAUACGGGCCGUGGACAGCGCCUUCCUGGUGCUAAAUGGCAAGAUGAAGGCUGUGAAAACUGCAACUGAGACUUCGUUUGUGGGGGCCCGUGAGAUGCUUGACGCCGUGAACAAGGAGUUCCAGGGCUGUGGCUUGGAACUUGGUGGGGCUGCAGGUGAGCUGAUCUCCACUUCGGGGAGAUGGUCUAGCAAUGUCCAGCGGGAUAUGCUACGAAGGUGCAAAACCGCCAAGGUUCCGGUUUCAAAGUUGCAGGUCCCGGUGAUCAUGAAGCGUGUGCUGAUGAAGCG